CUGCUCACGGGAGCUGGUACAGAAGCGAAAACGGUAGGAAAUUCAUUCGAGCAAGACAGGACAGUUUCUGUGAAGUAUCUUUAUUCAGCAAAAUAAAGCACUGGCCACCCUCUACCCCAUUUUGAAACGUAUUUUUACCUGCCCGUGAAAUGGCCGGCUCCCGGGCCUCAGGGUCAAGUCCGUCUUCCUGGUCUGGCUGGGCAUCUUUGCGGGCAGCUGGAUGGUGUACCUGCACUACUCGUCCUACUCGGAGCUGUGUCGCGGCCGCGUCUGCCAGGUGGUCAUCUGUGACCAGUACCGCAAGGGCAUCAUCUCAGGCUCCAUCUGCCAGGACCUGUGUGAGCUGCACAAGGUGGAGUGGAGGACCUGUCUGUCAUCGGCCCCGGGCCAGCAGGUGUACAGCGGGCUCUGGAGGGACAAGGAUGUGACCAUCAAGUGUGGCAUUGAGGAGGCCCUGGACUCUAAGGCCCAGCCGGAUGUGGCCCCCCGACGGGAGCUGGUGCUGUUUGACAAGCCCACCCGGGGCACCUCGAUUAAGGAAUUCCGGGAGAUGACCCUCAGCUUCCUCAAGGCGAACCUGGGAGACCUGCCCUCACUACCAGCGCUGGUUGGCCAGGUCCUGCUCAUGGCUGACUUCAACAAGGACAGCCGGGUGUCCCUGGCUGAAGCCAAGUCCGUGUGGGCCCUGCUGCAGCGCAACGAGUUCCUGCUGCUGCUGUCCCUGCAGGAGAAGGAGCACGCCUCCAGGCUGCUGGGCUACUGCGGGGACCUCUACCUCACCGAAGGCAUUCCCCACGGGCCCUGGCAUGUGGCCGCACUACCGCCCCUGCUGCGCCCACUGCUGCCGCCCGCCCUGCACAGCACCCUCCAGCAGUGGCUGGGGCCCGCGUGGCCCUGGCGGGCCAAGAUCGCCAUCGGCCUGCUGGAGUUCGUGGAGGAGCUCUUCCAUGGCUCCUACGGGACCUUCUACAUGUGUGAGACCACGCUGGCCAACGUGGGCUACACGGCCACCUACGACUUCAAGAUGGCCGACCUGCAGCAGGUGGCCCCAGAGGCUGCCGUGCGCCGCUUCCUUCAGGGCCGCCGCUGCGAGCACAGCGCUGACUGCACCUACGGGCGCGACUGCAGGGCACCUUGUGACAGGCUCAUGAGGCAGUGCAAGGGUGACCUCAUCCAGCCCAACCUUGCCAAGGUGUGUGAGCUGCUGCGGGACUACCUGCUGCCCGGCGCCCCUGCCGACCUCCGGGAGGAGCUGGGCUCGCAGCUGCGAACCUGCACCACGCUGAGCGGGCUGGCCAGCCAGGUGGAGGCCCACCACUCGCUGGUGCUCAGCCACCUCAAGACGCUGCUGUGGAAGAAGAUCUCCAACACCAAGUACUCCUGACAGCACGGGUCGGCCUCCUCCCUGGUCGCCCUGGGGGACCCGACCCACGGCCGCCUCUCCCUCCCUCCCUCAAGCCGUCCCCACAGCAUCGGGGCUCCCUGGAUUGCAGCAGCCCAGAUGGGACCCUCAGAGCUCAACGAAAGGCUGGACAAGGAGGGCAGGAAGAGCCUGGAGACCCAAGGGGGACCCGCCCAGGCCCAGCUGGGCUGUUGCUCUGAAGAGCA